AUGCCAAACCUAAGAAGUCGAGCAAAAAAGAAGGUUGUUGUUGAAGAUAACAAGGAAAACGAUGAGUAUGUAGCCAAGAAGGCUAAAUUUGAAAAGGUUGUGGCCAAGAAGUCGAAGAUUGUUUGUAAGUUAUUAUUAAAGUCUACUUUUGGGUAUUAGAAUUGUUAUUUUAGGUACGAAAAGUGUAAGUUAUUUUAAAAUAGGCUGGUUUUAAGGUAUAAAAUAUGUAUUUUUUAUAUUAUGUUGUAUUUAUAUAAUUCAUAACGUUUUAUGUGCUCUUAAUAAUUUUAAAAUGUUAUUUAUUAUCUGUGCUUCAUAAAUCGUGGAAUUUCAGUGCCAAAAGUGAUCAAAGUCGAUUCAGAAUGUCCAUCUCUAGGAUUUGUUGUUUAUCAAGAAAACGGACUUAUUUAUAGUGCUUUGCUGAAUCAGGUAAGAUUUUAUUAUGUUUUCUUUGAUUUUUAGACAACAAGAUAAUUUUUUAAGUCAAGGCGAUGCUUCUGGUGUGAAAGUUCAGACGGAUUAAUAGUUUUGAUGUGAAAAUUCAGGCGGAAGUAUGGUUUCUAUGUUAAAGUGUAAUCAUAGGUAUAAAGAUGAAGGUGUUCUAUUAAAAAAUGAUGUUUUGAUUGUGUCUAUAGCUUUCUGUUUUGAUUCUAUAAAAGUAAAGGUUGUGAUUGAUGUUUUCAGACUAAUAUAGCACAGAACAACAACAAAUUUUACUUGUUACAAGUGUUGGAAAGCGAAAAGUCUCCAAAGCAAUACAACUUGUGGUAUAGAUGGGGAAGAGUUGGAUAUAAAGUAAGUUAUUUUAUCUGUCUUUCUUGAUUUUAAAUUUUUAAGUUAGUUUAAAGUCUUUUCUACGUUAUCCAACUAAAAUUUUGCUAUUUAACUCUAAAAAAGUUACUUUAGGGCCAAACAAAGCUCGAAGCCUUAACAUUGGAUAGAGCGAAAUCCGAAUUCGAAGCCAAAUAUCAUGCCAAAACGUCAAACAAGUUUGGAGAAAAAUUCGAAAAACGUCCGGGUAAAUACGAUUUGAUACCGGUUGAUUAUUCUCGACAGGAUGAAGAAGAACGACGAGAUGAUAUUGAGGAUGAAGCAGUACCUUGCACGUUAGAUCCGAAAGUGAAAAGUGUCAUCGACUUGAUAUCGGAUUUGAAAGCAAUGGAAAAACAUUUGAAACGAUUGAAUUUUGACACGAAUAGAACUCCAUUGGGUAAGGAAUGGCAGUGAAAAAUAGUUUGAAAGUUAUUUUUCGGGUGGCAUUGAUAAAAAUGGCAAUUCUUUUUUAUGAUGAAUAGCUUAAUAAAUGUUUAAAAAUUGUUUUUCAGGAUGUAUAACCAAAGAGCAGAUUAAGAUUGGAUACAAGUUGUUGAGCCAAAUCGAGAAGAAGAUUAAUACCAAAACUUUUGCAACGGAGUUUCAUGCUUUGGUCAGUGAUUACUACACUAAGAUACCGCAUUGUUUUGGGUAAGCUUUUUACAAGGAGUUUAUUUUGAAAAGAUAGUUUUUAGGCAGUUUUUGCUGCAUUUUUUGAUUAUGGCAGGUUCAAGUGGGUUUUUGGCUUAUAACUGAGCUGUUUAUAACGACUUACUACCUAAAAUUAUCACAAAAAUUUACAGAAUGGCCCAACCACCAUCUCUCCGAGAAUUUGAAGACAUUAAGGACGAGCUAAGCUUAUUAGAAGCCCUGGUACAAACCGAAGUUACAGUAGAAAACACGAAGAAACAAAUUGAAAAGGUCAAUCCAUCUGACAGAAAUUAUCAGCGCUUGAAUUGUGGCCUAAAACCAUUGGCCAAGAGUGUGAAAGCCUAUAAAACAAUCGAAAAAUAUUUGAAAAAUACUCAUGGACCAACUCACAAAGGCUACAAAAUGAAGCUGAAGAAUGUGUUUGAGCUGGAGAAAGAAGGCGGAUUCAGAAGUGAUAUUGAUAAUCAGUAAGAGUUUUGUCUCAUUUUGAUUGAUCUUCUAAAAAUUUUAGUCAAUUGUUAUGGCAUGGGUCUAGGCUGCUGAACUGGUUUGGAAUAUUGUUGAAAGGGCUUCAAAUUGCUCCGCCAGAAGCUCCAAUUGUAAGUCUUUUUUAAGUUUUGAUUUUCUUUUUUUUCUUGUUUUGCACUGCACUGCACCCGAACGCAAAAGAAAAAAAUAAAAAAACAUAAAUGUGGCAUUUCGUUUUCGUAAGGCCGCGCCAUAUUGGUUCAACAAAAUUUCUUUUAGGCAAUAAAACUUAUUAUUUCUUUAUUUUAGGUAACAAAGAGUUUAAAUUAGGUUAAUAAGCAUAUAUUUUGUAAAACAUUAUAUAUUUUUUGAGUAAAUUUACUUCCUUUGAAGAUAUGUAUUAACCUUAUCUGAAUUUAGGUAACAAAAACAUGUUUGUGCAGAAAUAUGUCUUUAGCCAUUUAAAUUAUGCAACAUUUUGUUCUUCUUCAUUUAAUCUGCCCCUGAAAAGUGAAAAGAAUAAUAUAAAAUACAUACCAAAGGUCGAUUAAACUUUUUCUGUAACAGACAACAAGAAACAAAGUAUUUUAUGGUUAAAAUCGUAGAAUUAACUCUUAUAACCCAAAAAUAAUUUGAUCAAUGUUGCCAUAAGAUCAAAUUUUAGCUAUUUAUUAGACAAUAAAGCACAAUAAGUCUCAAAAUCGAGCUUGUAAGAGAAAAAACCGACCGAAAAAUAAAAAAAGAAACGAAAACGAAAUGAAACAAGUUAUCGGAAAACCAUUCGAUAACGAAUCACUAAAAAGACAUUGUUUGCGUUUCGGGUGCAGUGCACUGUGCAAUUUGAAAAUUUUCAGCCUUGAAUACGAAACUAUAAAUCUUUGAAUAACAUGUUCUAAUUUCUUAAAAUACAGUGUUAUAUACUUUUCAGACCGGUCAUAUGUUUGGAAAAGGAAUAUACUUUGCUGAUUGUGCUUCAAAAUCAGCCAAUUAUUGUGACGCCAAACAUGGAGAGACUGGCUUUUUAUUACUGUCACAAGUGGCGUUAGGAACUUCUCAAGAAUUAAAAACUGCAAAGUAUGAAGCUUCAAAGAUGCCGGAAGGCAUAAGUAGCACAAAAGGUAUUGGUCAAAUGGAACCUGACUCCAAAAAAUGCGAAUUUUUGUGAGUUUUGGUGCUUUUUUCUAUGGUGGAUACAUUUAUGUAUAUAUUGUUUAGACGGCCAAUAUUAUUAUAAUUAAUAAAAUUUUAGAAAAAUCGACGGAAUCAAAGUAAAGGUGCCUCUCGGCAAAAUCAUCGAAAAAGAAAACCCAGAUGACUAUGAUCUGAUGUACAAUGAAUAUAUUGUCUACGCGAGAGAACAAGUAAAACUACGCUAUUUGGUGGAAAUCGAAUUUGAAGCCAAUGAAGAAUAG